CACGCCUGUAGUCGGUUGCCACGGAGAUAAGCUGCCACACUGGAAGACUGAGGGUUUCCAUCCACCCUAUCCCUCCCCAAAAAUUGCAGUUUACGCGACUCGGAUCGUUCUGGCUUCGUCCUUGCUGCUGCUGUCCAUCGGUUCUGUAAGAAGACUGGGCCCUACGCCUUCGCCAGACUUCUCACUAUCAGGAAAGAGUUGCUUUUGCCGAAGAGAUUAAGAUGGCGAAAGAGACAGACUGCGACUUGGAUAAGAAAACUUUUUUGACUUCGGAUGCAGAAAUGAGACCUGAACCACCGGCUCCAUGUGUGAACCCUGGCAACCCCGUGUUUUCCUGUAUGUUGGACCCCAAGACAUUGCACACGACCACCUCAUUGUCCAAACCCCAGAUGAUUAUGUACAAGACCAAUAGCAGCCAGUACGGGGCCUUCUCACCCAGGCCCUUCUUCUUUCCCUGUAAGUACCUACCACAGGAGCAAGAGUUCACAGAGCACCUCAGAGCAACUGGCUUUUAUCAAAACAACAGCCUAAAUAUUGGCCCUGACAGAACCAGAACCAUCGAUUCUCCUAAUUAUCAACACACACUAUGAAAAUACAUCCUUCUGACAAUUGAGGAGAAAGUAUCCUGGAGGAUGUUCGUUUUAAGUCUAGAAUACCUAAUUUUGAACAUUUGAAAUUUAAUAACAUUUAAUAAAAAAGAUACAAAUACAUGUUCU